AUGCACCGGCAACAGUAUAAAUCUGGCCAUCUUCGCCAACGAUCAAACCACCAAAAUGUCGACAUCACACGGCCAGAGCGUGAAGGCACUGGCUCGCCAUAUGCAUCACCGUACAUAAGAGAAGAGGAGGAAAGCUACUUUGAGCGCCAGCUACCCGCACAGCAUGAAGGAUCCAAUAGCGGACCCACGACGCCACGCACUCUCGAGGCCGGCAGUGGUACCACUCCUGGUCCAGAUGUCUCUCCAGGCCCCGGAACUCCCUCCAAGCCAGCCAUGCCGCCGCGAUCUUCGUCGUUGAAGCCCUUUCAACUGAAGACCGAUGUCUCGCGUGCGGCGCACAUGCCAGCAGGGGCAACUACACCACUAGACAACCUUCCGACACCAGGACUGGUCACAUAUCCACCGGAACCUGCGACAUGGAGGAAUAUGCCCAACAAGGGUCAGCUCGCCCUGCUGGCCGCGAGUCGCUUCGUCGAUUUCUUUCAGAUGGCAGCGCUACAGACGUACAUGGUACAUCAGCUCAAGAGCUUCGAUCGUAGCCAGCCAGACUCUGUGAUAUCGCAUCAGGCUGGUAUGCUUCAGGGCAGUUUCACCGCCGCUCAGAUCAUCACAAGCAUCCUCUGGGGUCGCGCUGCGGAUCAGCCAGGCGUAGGCAGGAAACUGGUGCUCAACAUUGGUAUGAUCGGCACCGCCAUCGGGUGCAUUGGUGUAGGCUUCAGUACCAGCUUCCACCAGGCUGUCAUGUGGAGAGUCUUGAGUGGAGCCAUAAAUGGUACUGUGGGAGCCGCUAGAACAAUGGUCGCCGAGUGUACAGACAAGCGAUGGCACCCGCGUGCCUUUUUGCUACUUCCCGCUGCUUUCAAUGUUGCCAAUGUGCUGGGUCCAAUCCUUAGCGGUCUUCUCGCCGAUCCGGUAACAGCAUAUCCUCGCCUCUUUGGCCCUAACUCGACGUUUGGCGGCGCAGAAGGUAUUGCUUGGAUGAAGAAUCACCCUUACGCCGCUCCCAAUCUCCUCUGCAGUUUGCUGCUUGUGAUCGAAGCCCUGCUUUGCACCUUCUUUCUGAACGAGACGCUCAAGGGCUUCACCGAGGUGGACGUUGAUGCCUUCAACCCAGUAACAAUUGCCAGAGGUGUUUGGAACCGUGUUCACGAGGUCAAGAACAAAGGCUACAAAUUGGUCGGCGAGACUGCCAUGUCACGAAGAGGUCUUUUGUCCGGCCGUGAGGAAGGAAGCAUCGAGCUUGAUCGCAUUGCGGUUGCCAACGAGACUCGUGAGAGACAGGACUCGCAUGCUAUACGUCCCAUGCAACGUCUUCCGUUCCGUCGCGUGUGGACCCCGAAUGUUUGCUGGACAUUGCUUUCGAUCGCCAUCUUCGACUUCCACAUGGGUGCCUUUUCGACCCUCUGGAUCUUGUUUCUCUCUACAUCUCGCGAGUUCGUACCUGGAAGCACCACAGACGGCAAGCCCCAGAAUAAAGAACGGGGCGCAUUCAAGUUUGGAGGUGGUCUUGCUUUCCCACCCCCGACAAUUGGCUACGCCAUGGCCAUCAUCGGCUUCGUUGGUAUCAUCCUACAAUUCGUCCUAUAUCCCCGUGCCAACGCUCGCUUUGGCCUCAUGCGCUGUUUCCGCUCUUCUCUGUUCCUCUUCCCUUUGGCCUACUUCCUCGCACCAUACAUUGCGCUCAUGCCUUCCGACUCCGCCUCACCGGCCCCAGCAUCAGGAGUCUGGGUCUGGCUUGGUAUCGGCGGUGUGGUGUUUCUACAGGUCGCUGCUCGCACUUUUGCUCUUCCAGCUUCUAUCCUUCUUCUCAACAAUAGCUCUCCCCAUCCUUCUGUCCUUGCCACUAUCCAUGGUCUGGGUCAAGCGGAUAGUGCCUUGUUCAGAACCAUUGGACCUAUCCUCUCAGCUUCUUGGUAUGGUACUUGGUUGGAGAGAGGAGUGGUGGGUAUGGCUUGGUGGUAUGUUGCUGCCAUCUCCGCUCUGGGUACAGCAGCAGCCUUCAAAGUCAAGAAUGGCAAUGGUCAUGAGAUUCUGCUACCUGGAGAGGAAGAAAGAGCUGACGAGCAAGGUCAGGUGUCUAGAGGUCCUGCUGAGCCUGCGAGGAAGUCGAAUUCAUGUCGAUAA